CCAGCACAGCCCUUCUCGUAAGAGAAACCCUAGAGCGCUCUAUUAGCUCUCCUCAUUUCCAGAUCGUCGAGCUGAAAACCACCGCAUUGGCGCGGCCGGGCAACAGAAGCAGCAAUGGUGCACGUCUCUUUUUACCGCAACUAUGGAAAGACAUUUAAGAAGCCUCGUCGUCCCUAUGAGAAGGAGCGGCUGGAUGCUGAGUUGAGGCUUGUUGGAGAGUAUGGGCUUAGAUGCAAGAGGGAGCUUUGGAGGGUUCAGUAUGCUUUGAGUCGCAUCAGAAAUGCAGCAAGAAAUCUUUUGACUCUGGAUGAGAAAGACCCACGUCGUGUCUUUGAGGGCGAAGCCCUUCUGAGGAGGAUGAACAGGUAUGGGCUGCUGGAUGAGAGCCAGAAUAAGCUCGAUUAUGUCUUGGCUCUUACUGUUGAGAACUUCCUUGAGCGCCGUCUUCAAACACUUGUGUUUAAGACUGGUAUGGCAAAGUCAAUCCACCAUGCCAGAGUACUCAUUAGGCAGAGGCAUAUCAGGGUUGGGAGGCAGGUUGUGAAUGUGCCUUCCUUUAUGGUCAGAGUGGACUCUCAGAAGCACAUUGAUUUCUCACUCACAAGUCCUUUUGGUGGUGGACGUGCUGGUAGAGUAAAGAGAAAGAACCAGAAGGCAGCUGCAAAGAAGGCUGCUGGUGGCGAUGGAGAUGAAGAGGAUGAAGAAUGAGGUGUCCGUUUAUAAUGUAAUGGGUGAUAUAGUACUGGAGAGAAUCAGAACUUUACUUUUGCUCCUGUAAUACUGUCUCCUAAAUUUUUUGUGAUUGCUGUUAAAACCUUAAGGUUUAGGAGGUUUUGGAAUCUUUGGAUGCUUGCUGCCUUUUUUUGGCUUAAAUUAUUAUGCAACUUUUAUCAUUAUUGCUCGAGGUUUA